GACGGCGGCGGAGGAGGGGGCGAGGAGGCGCGCGGCCCCCGCUCCCUCCCUCCCCCCCUGACCCCCGACCCCCGCCGGCCGGCCCCCAGCCCCAGCCCCGGAGGGAGCUCAUGGGAGUAUGAAGGAGAUGGUAGGAGGCUGCUGCGUAUGUUCGGACGAGAGGGGCUGGGCCGAAAACCCGCUGGUCUACUGCGAUGGGCACGCGUGCAGCGUGGCCGUCCACCAAGCUUGCUAUGGCAUCGUCCAGGUGCCAACAGGACCCUGGUUCUGCAGGAAAUGUGAAUCUCAGGAGCGCGCAGCCAGGGUGAGAUGUGAGCUGUGCCCACACAAAGAUGGGGCAUUGAAGAGGACUGACAAUGGAGGCUGGGCCCAUGUGGUGUGCGCCCUGUACAUCCCGGAGGUGCAGUUCGCCAACGUGCUCACCAUGGAGCCCAUUGUUCUGCAGUACGUCCCUCACGAUCGCUUCAACAAGACCUGUUACAUCUGUGAGGAACAGGGCCGGGAAAGCAAGGCCGCGUCAGGAGCCUGCAUGACCUGUAACCGUCAUGGAUGCCGACAAGCUUUCCAUGUCACCUGUGCCCAGAUGGCAGGCCUGCUGUGUGAGGAAGAAGUGCUGGAGGUGGACAACGUCAAGUACUGCGGCUACUGCAAAUACCACUUCAGCAAGAUGAAGACGUCCCGGCACUCCAGCGGGGGAGGAGGGGGAGCAGGAGGAGGCGGCAGCGGAGGCGGCAGCGGAGGCAGCGGCAGCGGCACCAGCGGUGGUGGAGGUGGCACAGGGGGAGGCGGCAGCAGCAAUAGCUUCCUUAGCGGCAGGAGAAGCCGGUCAGCCUCACCGUCCACCCAGCAGGAGAAGCACCCUACCCACCAUGAGAAGGGCCAGAAGAAGAGUCGAAAGGACAAAGAACGCCUUAAACAGAAGCACAAGAAGCGGCCUGAGUCUCCCCCCAGCAUCCUCGCCCCGCCUGUGGUUCCCACUGCUGAUAAGGUCUCAGCUACGACUUCCUCCCACCAUGAGGCCAGCACUCAGGAGACCUCUGAGAGCAGCAGGGACUCAAAGGGGAGAAAGUCUUCCAGCCAUAGCCUGAGUCAUAAGGGCAAGAAACUGGGCAGUGGGAAAGGUGUGAGCAGUUUUACCUCCGCCUCCUCCUCCUCUUCCUCUUCCUCCUCUUCCUCCUCCUCUGGGGGCCCCUUUCAGCCUGCAGGCUCAUCUCUGCAGAGCUCUCCUGACUUUGCAGCCUUUCCCAAGCUGGAGCAGCCGGAGGAAGACAAGUACUCCAAGCCUCCAGCUCCCACUCCGCCAGCCCCUCCCUCGCCCACCAUCCCUGAGCCCCCGAAGGCUGACCUCUUCGAACAGAAAGUGGUCUUCUCUGGCUUUGGACCCAUCAUGCGCUUCACCACCACCACCUCCAGCUCCAGCCGGGCCCGGGCCCCCUCCCCUGGAGACUAUAAGUCUCCCCAUGUUUCAGGGUCCGGGACCGCAGCAGGCUCCCACAAACGGAUGCCUGCACUGAGUGCCACGCUUGGACCUGCUGAGGAGGCCCCCGAGACGACUCUGAAGGAGAAGAAACACAAAGCCAGCAAGAGGAGCCGUCAUGGGCCAGGCCGACCCAAGGGUAGCCGAGGCAAGGAGGGCGCUACAGGCCCGACCGCCUCCCUCCCUGCCGCUCAGUUGGCUGGCUUCACUGCCACUGCGGCCUCACCCUUCUCUGGGGGUUCUCUGGUCAGCUCCGGCCUGGGUGGCCUGGCUCCCCGUACCUUUGGGCCUUCAGGAAGCUUGCCCAGUUUGAGCCUGGAGUCCCCCCUGCUGGGGGCAGGCAUCUAUACCAGUAAUAAGGACCCCAUCUCUCAUGGUGGAGGGAUGCUGCGGGCUGUCUGCAGCACCCCACUCUCUUCCAGCCUGUUGGGGCCCACAGGGACCUCAGCCUUGCCCCGCCUCAGCCGGUCCCCGUUCACCAGCACCCUCCCCUCCUCCUCUGCUUCCAUCUCCACCACUCAGGUGUUUUCUCUGGCUGGCUCAACCUUCAGCCUCCCUGCAUCCCACAUCUUUGGAACCCCUAUGGGCACUGUUAACCCCCUCCUCACCCAAGCGGAGAGCAGCCACACAGAGCCAGACCUAGAAGACUGCAGCUUCCGGUGUCAUGGGACCUCCCCCCAGGAGAGUCUGUCUUCCAUGUCUCCCAUCAGUAGCCUCCCUGCACUCUUCGACCAGACAUCAGCGCCCUGUGGGGGUGGCCAGUUAGACUCCACAGCCCCCGGAACAACCAACAUGGAGCAGCUACUGGAGAAGCAGGGUGAUGGAGAGGCUGGUGUCAACAUUGUGGAGAUGCUGAAGGCCCUGCAUGCAUUGCAGAAGGAAAACCAGCGGCUGCAGGAGCAGAUCCUUAGCCUGACCGCUAAGAAGGAGCGGCUGCAGAUCCUUAACGUGCAGCUCUCUGUGCCCUUCCCUGCCCUGCCUGCUGCCCUGCCGGCCGCCAACGGCCCUGUCCCAGGGCCCUAUGGACUGCUUCCUCAAGCUGGCAGCAGUGACUCCCUGAGCAUCAGCAAGAGCCCUCCGGGGAAGAACUGCCUUGGCCUGGACAACACCCUGUCCACAUCUUCUGAGGACCCACACUCAGGCUGCCCGAGCCGCAGCAGCUCAUCGCUCUCCUUCCACAGCACGCCCCCACCGCUGCCCCUGCUCCAGCAGAGCCCUGCCACUCUGCCCUUGGCUCUGCCUGGGGCUCCUGCCCCACUCCCACCCCAGCCACAGAACGGGCUGGGCCGGGCGCCCGGAGCAGCGGGGCUGGGAGCCAUGCCCAUGGCAGAGGGGCUGUUGGGUGGGCUGGCAGGCAGCGGGAGCCUGCCCCUCAAUGGGCUUCUGGGAGGGUUGAAUGGGGCUGCUGCUCCCAACCCUGCGGGCUUGAGCCAGGCUGGCGGGGCCCCCACGCUUCAACUGCCAGGUUGUCUUAACAGCCUCACAGAGCAGCAGAGACACCUCCUUCAGCAGCAAGAGCAGCAGCUGCAGCAGCUGCAGCAGCUCCUGGCCUCUCCACAGCUGACCCCAGAGCACCAGACUGUGGUCUACCAGAUGAUCCAGCAGAUUCAGCAGAAACGGGAACUGCAGCGGCUGCAGAUGGCUGGGGGCUCUCAGCUACCCAUGGCCAGUCUACUGGCUGGAAGCUCCACCCCACUGCUGUCCGCGGGCACCCCUGGCCUGCUGCCCACAGCAUCAGCCCCACCCCUGCUGCCUGCUGGAGCCCUGGUGGCCCCUUCACUGGGCAGCAAUACAAGUCUCAUGGCUGCAGCGGCUGCGGCCGCAGCAGUGGCAGCGGCAGGCGGACCUCCAGUCCUCACUGCUCAGACCAACCCCUUCCUCAGCCUGCCCGGGGCGGAUGCCAGUGGGAAUGGCUCCAAAGGAGGGACCGCUGACAAAGGAGCCUCAGCCAGCCAGGAAAAAGGCUAACUCGACCCUGCCCCUCCUGACCCCUACAUGGCUCGAGGGUCCUUGCCUGGAGUGGGCAGCUGGGUCCAGACUCUGGAGAGCCGGGCCCAGAGCCUGUGUGGAUCCCCAGGGAGUUGUGCCUGGAGUUCCAGGUGCUGAGGAGAGAGACGACCGACCGGAGAGGAGCCCUUCCACCAGGCCCACCCCCUCACUGCACUGGCUGCUCAGAGAGGAUCAGGGGAGGACAGGUUCCUAGCCUGCCUAGGAGCCUCCAUCCUCCACAGAUGCCUAGGGGCCCCCAAAGAACAAAGUAGGUCUGGUAUAAGAUGUGGAGGGAUGGUUGGACCUACCACAUAAACCAAUCAGCACUUGAAUGGGGAAGGUGAAGGGUGGGCCCCUGGGCCCAUCUCUGUGUGGAAAUUCCUUAUGGAAAAAGGGCUGGUCCCACCUGACCUCCAGUUUCUUCCCAGCAGAAGGGAUGCAUCCCUUUGACUGUUUCUUAUCAUCCCUCCCAGCUGAGGGUCUCAAGCUGAGCUUGGAAAAGCCUACAGAUGUGGUGGGGCUGAGGAAGGGCAGGAGAGCACCUCUUGGGGCCCCAUGAUGGGGCCGGGCGGGGAAGUCCUUUGCUGUCCUGCCCCUUUUUGCACUAUUGGCUUAAGGAGUGCCGAGGGUGGGGAGAGGGAGCUGCCUGACUCCACAGAUCGUGAGUGUGUGUGAGUGUGUGAGUGUGUGAGAGAGAUGGUCAGUCUGUUUAACCUGUCUGUCUGUCAAUUCUUCCUCUGGACCUGGGGCGGCCAAGGGCAAGAGCGGGAGCAGCGGCCAGUACUGGAGCAGGAGCUCCUAGCUCUUGUACCCUCUACCCCCUCACUAACUCUGGUCCUUUUCCAGGGCACGAAUGGUUAACUUAUAAAAAAAGAAAGAAAAAAGGAAAAAAAACAAACAAACAAAAAAAUAAAACAGACCAGUACUCCAGUAUUGGAGAAUUCCUAGGGGCUGGGGCUCUGAAUCAGGGUAAUGUCCUACCUUCCCUCCCCUGGACCCCACUCCAUCUCAGGGCCCCCUCAGGGCCUCCUCCCCCACUGUUAGUUUGAUCAGUCCUGGCACAAGAGCAUAGGGGAGGGGUAAAGUGCCACUUCUUUUUUUUUUUUUUUUUUUGCAAAAGUCUCCCUCUCCGAAGUAGCUAGCCUGCCUCUCGAAUCCUUUCACCAGCUAGUAGAGCCACUUAAGCUAACAGCUGUCCCCUUCACCCACCAGCUAUUCUCCAGGGUGUAGUAAUAGGCAGCAGAGACUUUCUGCCCAGGGCGGUAAUGAAAAAAACGUUGAGUGGGACACAGAGCACCGCUACGGAAGCCUGUGUCCCUUUCGGUUGCACUGGCUGGGACUGAGGGUCAGUUCCAGUUCCCUUUGCUCAUGUCUGUGUGUCUCUCUGCAUGUGUGCAUUUUGGUGUGUUUAUGUUUGCGUUUUGUUGUUGGGGUUUUCCAGGUUUUUUUUGUUUUUUUGUUUUGUUUUCUGGGUUUUUUUUUUUUUUAAAUAAAGAGAAGAUGUGUAUAUUUUUGGCAAGAACAGAAACGUAGUGCAGAUAUAUUUUUGCCUGUGCUGCUCAACUGUUUGUCCCGUCCCCCCUCCCCCCAAUCCGGGAAAUAAUAGUCCUGUUGAUAAGACUGUAAGAUGUUAGGACGGGCCGGGACCCUUCAGAGGCAAACUCUUUGGCACUUGGAAGGGUUUUGGGGGACAGUUGAGAUGACCUCAGAAAUACUCACUUUUCUAACUGCUUAAUAUUAGAGAGACAUCUUCAUCUUCUCAGCUCUUGUAGACUCCUUGUCUACAAGCCAGCGAUGCUUCGAGUCCUGAGAGGACUUUUUAUCCAGGCCCACGCACGCCCUUUCCCCACUCAGAACCAAGUACCGCGCGUGUUUGCUAAGGCUGUCACCUGUGAAGCAGGAGCUCUCAGUGCUCUGGAGGUCUGGUCUCCAUUCUCCCUGAGCUCUUUCCUACUCCGGGCCGGGCUGCCCUAACAGGUAGUCAGGUGAGGCUUGCUGAGAGCUCUGGACUGUAUGGUUUGGUGCCCCUCUGUGUAGCCGACCUAGAACUGUCUCUGUAGACCAGGCUGCCCUCAAACUCAGAUCUGCCUGCCUCUGCCUCCCGGGUGCUGGGACAGAGGUGGGCCGGCGGUGCUACUCCACACACUGAGACUUGAGGAAAGUUGUGGCACCCGGUGCUGCAUCACAGGGAGAAUUGUGAGGGUCCUUGAAAGGGAGUGGGAUAUGUAACAUGGCUCUGACAACCUCACUUUUUUUUUUUAAUUUCUUUUAUUUUUUAUUUUUUUGACAAGGUCUACUCUUACGUAGCUUUGGUCACCCUGGAACUUGCUAUGUACACCAGGCUGGCCUCUGCCUCCUGAGUGCUGGGAUUAAAGGCGUGUGCCACUAUGUCUGGCUUUGAUCCAUUUUUUGAUAAAGAGCUUGGUAGGAGGAGGGAAAGGAUACAGAUUCGGGGCCGUCUCUGUCUGGGAGGGGGAGGAUGUGGUUUGCAGAGCGGAAGUGGAGUCUGAGAAUGCAUGAGUGGAUCUUAAUGUCACCACCCUCAGUGAGAAGACAUGAGUGAGUGAGUGACGCGUGCUGAGCCUGUGCCCACCGGGGUGGGAGCGUCAUGGCAGGUGGACGGCACAAGGGACCUGGCUGUAUUUAGGGGCCGUUGGAGCUGGCUUUACAGGUGACUGCUCUAAGACGGGACCUCAGUGACAGCAAUGAGGAGCCUUCGUACCUAGCCUUGUGGUUAUAAUUGCCCCACUGUCAAGCUUUUCAGCUGCGGCUGGUUGGCUGGUUGUCCGUGCGUGCGUGCGUGUGUGCGUGUGUGUGUGUGUGAUGGGUGUGAUGGGUGUGUGGUGUGAGUGUAGUAGGGUUGUGCCCGUGGCGGGAAGGUAUCUAUGUAGCACUGACUGUCUUAGCUCUGAGCUGACGAAUCCUCCACAGACAAUGACACUUUUAAGGGUUGCCUUUAAGAGAAGAAAUAAAUUGUAUCUCCCAUCCCCUCUCCCUCAUCCCAGCUUGUGGGUUUCCCCCUCAGGCUCCUGGGUCUACUGCUGGCCCUGGAUAGUCUGAUCAUGAGGCUGGUGACCCCUUCCCUUCCCUAUGUUGAGACCCAGGGAGUGCCCACCCUAGACUCCUAGGAAGGGCCUAGACAAAUGAGGGGAGCCCAGAGAGAGGCUAACACUUCUAUUUCCUUUUCCCACCCCGGAAAUGCUGACAGGUUUUCAAAGACACAGGCUCAUCUUGCUAGUCUCCAUCAAACCUAAGAGUGCAGUGGGCCAACAGGCAGGGUUCCUAGGGAGAGGUGCCCUAUAGGAUGGAGGAAGGUGGGACCAGGGAGCCCCUCUGUUCCUUCCAGCCACUUCCUCCUGGAUUAGAGGUGUGUCUAGUUCCCAGCAGACCACCUUGUCUUGACCUACUGAAGAAUUGGGGACUGCGGGCUGUCCUCUCUCCUGUGUUCGCGUUCUGGGACUGAAGGCCUGAAGGACUCUGGCUCCCUUUCUUCCAUCCCAGCCUGUUUCCAUGUAGCAGUCCCUUCCUGGGGGAGCAAGGAAGGGAAGCCGCAGAUUGCAAACCCAGGGCUCAUGUUUCAUUCUUUCUGAAACCUUUAUAUCCUCAGCCCAAGAGGCAGUGUUCCCCUGCGACCUCCAAGCCUGGAAUUGUGCAUAGCCUGGGUCUUGUAUCUUUGUAUAACGGAUGUUAUUUGUACGAAGGGCAGUUCGUAAACAGCACUUGUUCUUUUAAUAAAAGAAUGUUUUACUAAAAAAAGGAAAUC